AUGGGUUCCAUCGCGCCUACCAUUGUCCCUCCUGGAGGCCUUGUCUUGGUCACCGGUGUGAAUGGAUUCCUGGCUUCUCACCUCGCCCUCAACCUUCUUGAACAUGGCUACAAAGUUCGAGGCACUGUGCGAUCUCAGGAAAAGGCUGACUGGAUUACCGACGCUAUGAAGAAACGUUAUGCAGAAGCCGCCUUCGAGACAGUGGUGGUGCCGAAUAUUUCCGUUCCGGGGGCAUUCAGUGGAGCGAUUCGGGGCGUCGAUGGCGUCGCCCAUGUGGCCACUGACCUGUCCUUCGGUAGCGAUCCUAACAAGGUCAUCACGCCCAUGCUGGAGGCCCUUCGCAACAUCCUGGAAAGCGCCACCAACGAACCGAGCGUCAAACGCUUCGUGCUGACCAGCAGCGCUAUUGCUGCUCUAACUCCGCAGCCGGAGAAAGAAAUCCACGUCGACACCAACACCUGGAACGACAGCAGCAUUCAGCGGCCGUGGCGACCCGCGCCGUAUGAGCCCGAGCGCUGCUGGGACGUCUAUGCCGCGCUAAAGACCUCCACUGAGCGCGAGUUCUGGAAGUUCAUCCAGGAAAACAAGCCUGCCUUCAUCGCCAAUGCCGUCCUACCGGAUUUCAUUGUAGGCCCGAUCAUCCAUGCCAAGCAGAAUGGCAGCACCGGCCGCUGGGUAAAGGAGUUCUUCGAUGACCCCAUAAAUUACUACAAGCCGCUGCAGGGCUUCAUUCCCCGGCACUUUGUAGACGUCACCGACGCGUCUCUGCUGCAUAUUGCAAGCUUGACGCACAAGGAUGUGCAGAAUGAGCGGCUGCUGGCCUGUGCCGGCCCAUUCAACUUCAAUAGUUGGUUGAGCGUGUUCCGGCAGAUUGAUCCUGCGAAGCCGUGGCCGGCCGAUGAUCCGGAUCAGGUCCAUGAUCGUAGCACUGUUGAUACUCGGAGGUCGAAGGAGCUCUUGAGGCGGUAUUCCAGACCUGAUUUUACGCCGUUCUUCGACAGUGUGCGCGAGAACUGUCUCAAUAGCGACCCCGAGUGGAAGCGGUCGAACUUUCCCUAA